GACAUUUCUUGUUUAUUUUGUAAAAGGGGAGUCUUACUGCAAAUUCUGCGUUUUAGAUUGAGAUCCUUUCAACAUGUGGAAAUUUAAAGUGUCAAAGUUCAAGAAUGCAGCUCCUGUGACACCUAAAUUUGAGAAUUGCAUCACAGACCUGAAUGUUGGAUCUAUUGGUUUAUCUGGGGGUCAACAUAUCAAAGCAAGCACAAACUUCAUUGCUUUCAACACAGAAUCCGGAGGGGGAGGUGCCCUAGGUAUUGUAGCUGCAGAUGCCAAAGGAAGACAGCCAAGACCCACUCCUACAUUGAAGGCUCAUGCUGACAAUGUCAGUGAUUUUGACUUCAGUCCUUUCAAUGGGCAUGUCCUGGCCACAGGCUCUCAAGACUGCACAGUGAAGAUAUGGAGUGUUAAUGGGGACAACUUAGAAGACUCUAAGCAAAGUACCCUGUGUCAGGUAGAUAAGAGAGUAGAUUGCGUCACAUGGCACCCUUUAGCUGAAGAUGUCUUAGCUGUUACACAUUACAACACCGUAGGGGUCUAUGAUGCGCAGAGCAUGCAAUUGAAAUAUGAAUGUGGUGACCAUGGUGAUAUGGUAUAUGGCGCAACUUGGAGUGGAGAUGGCCAGUUGUUAGGGACGUCAUGCAAAGACAAACAAAUAAGGAUUAUAGAUCCUAGAAGUGGACAAAUUGUACAGACUGGAAAAGGCCAUUCAGGGACAAAAGAGUCAAAGGUGAAAUGGCUUGGAAAUCACAACAUGCUGCUGUCAACUGGAUUUAACAUGAGUCGACAGCAGGAAGUGAAAGUUUGGGACAGUAGGAACCUGAGCCAAUCACUUGAAUCCACUGACCUUGACUCUUCUAGUGGGACCCUUCUUCCCCAUUUUGAUCCUGACACAAAUAUGCUGUUUUUGACUGGAAAGGGCGACAACAUAGUGAGGUUUAUGGAAAUAACAGAGAAAGAGCCAUACAUAACACAAGGAUCAUGUGAUACUGUUGAACAACUGAUGGGUGCAUGCCUAGUGCCAAAGCUUUCCCUGGAUGUGAUGAUAUGUGAAGUGAACAGACUACUCCUCUUAACUAAACAGUCAAUCAUUCCUAUAACAUAUAAAGUACCUCGCAAGUCAUAUACAGAAUUUCAUGAAGAUCUAUUCCCAGAAACUGCUGGAGAGGAACCUAGCAUGACUGCAGAUGCAUGGUGGGAAGGCUCCAAUGCGCAACCUAUUAAAGUCACUUUAGAUCCUAAUGAGCGAUUAAGAAAAUCUAGAAAUACUCAAUCAAAUGCAACAACAACAGCAACAACAACAGCAUCAAAAACAUUGCCUGUGAAGUCUAGUAUUGUCUCAAAAGUUCCGUCAGUGUUAAUGUCAAAAAACUCAAUAACACAGAAGGCUCAAGAGGUCCAGAAAUCAAAUGUGAAUAAAACUCAACCAGAACAGUCAUCAAGUGAUAACAAAACUGCCACAACUCAGGAACAACCUGCAGCCAUAGUUACACCUGUUAAACCAUUUACAGGAGUCCGUCAGUCUAAGUUCCGGCAUCUUGUUGGGACGAUAGAGCACAAAAGCCUCCACAUUGACAAUAUACGCAACAUAAGCCGUAGCACACCGGGAGAAAGUGACUUCUUCCAAGUGAACACAGAGAGAUGUGUUGUUCCCCUUGCUGGGAAAGGUGGCCUUCUAGCAGUAUUAGAGUUAAACAAGCCUGGAAGACUACCAGAUACAGGAGUACCUGUCGUAGAAAACACUAGCUCAGUGUCUGAUUUUGUGUUGAAUCCUUUUGAUAACACAGAGCUUGCCGUCGGCUGUGAGGACGCAAAGAUUAGAAUUUGGUGGCUGCCCGAGGAAGGGGUGACGGAGACGCUAACCGAACCUGAUCAAAUUCUAUCAGGCCACACUGAGAAAGUUUACUGUAUUAGAUACCACCCUCUGGCCAAGUAUUUGUUAGCCUCAGCAUCAUAUGAUAUGACAGUACGACUCUGGGAUACAGCAGAACUGGAAGAAAUGAUUCAACUAACAGGGCACACAGAUUCAAUAUUUUGCUUGUCAUGGAGUACAUCUGGAGAUAAGCUAGCAACAGCAUGUAAAGAUGGAAAGUUGAGGAUUUAUCAGCCCAGGACCUCUACAGAACCUAUACAGGAAGGCCCUGGGCCAGAGGGAAGCAGAGGAGCAAGGAUUACUUGGGCAUGUAAUGAUCAAUUAAUAAUUGUCUCAGGGUUUAGCAAAUCAAGUAAUCGCCAGCUCCAAGUAUAUAGAUCAGAUAAUAUAAGUGUUUGUAUUUCAACCAUAGAGACAGACCUCAGUCCUUCUAUACAAAUACCACACUAUGAUGAAGAUAGCUCCACAUUGUUUCUUACUGGCAGGGGUGAUAAUACAGUGGUAACUUAUGAAGUGUCCCUAGAGGAACCAUACAUUUUCCCAUUAUCUCCAUACAAAUGUACAGAUCUCCACCAAGCUGUAUCAUUCCUGCCAAAAAGUCAAUGCAAUGUGAAAGAUGUUGAGUUUGCCAAAGGCUACAGGCUUACAACCACCUCAAUACAGCCUCUGUCUUUCACAGUUCCCAGAGUUAAGAAAGAAUAUUUCCAAGAUGACCUAUUCCCAGAUACAAGGAUGAGUUGGGAGCCUGCCCUUAGUGCAAGUGAAUGGUUCCAGGGUAUUGAUAGAAAACAACCACUUGUAUCUCUUGCCCCUGAUGAUAUGAAACCAUUGAGCCAGGCACCAGUUGAGGCUCCCAAAGUGAAGAAAUAUGAAAGUUAUAAUAAGGAAGUAUACAAGACAGAUGAACAAAAGAAAGAAGAGUUACUUGCUGCAAUGACUAACAAACUUGGAACACACGAUGAGCCCUUACCUCAAGAUCUCACAGAGGGGGUGGACGAUGAUGAAUGGGAUGACUAAACAAUGGGAU